CCGCUCUGGUCUUCAAGGGCCUUGGAAGCCAAGGGGAGCGCGGAGACUUCCUGUUCACACCAGCAACAAGCCGCGGGGAGCAGGAUCUCCCAAGGCUGGCAGCGGUGGCUCGGCCUCACCCCUCUCCCCCGGAGCCCACGCGUGUCGCUCGGAGCCCAGGGCGUGGGAGCGCAGGGGCCUCGCCCACUUUAAGGUUCUUCCGACAGGCGCGGCCUCCAGUCCGUAGAGGGGAGCAGAACGCGACCGAGCCUUCGCCUCGCUUGCUCUGCCGCUUUGCGGAUGCCGCUAAUCACGGGCGCCUGUACUGUGACUCUAGUAACCCACCCAGCCGGCAUCCUACGCGGCGAGGAGGCCGCCAUUUUUCGCUCCACAGCCGUGGGGCAUUCUGGGAGCUGCGCUCGGCCACUCGGGCUUAGGGUGUCCCAGGGAGCAGCCAUGUCCUCCCUGUACCCAUCUCUGGAGGACCUGAAGGUGGACCAAGUCAUCCAGGCCCAGGCCAGAGCCUUGCCCAGGAUGGCCGCCCUGCCUGCCCAGGAGACAGCUGUGUCCCCACCCUCAGUUUUGUACCCAAACCUGGCGGAAUUGGAGAGCUACAUGGGUCUUUCCCUCUCCAGCCGAGAAGUCCAGCAGAGCCUGCCCCAGAUGCCAGAGGGCGACUGUGAGGCGAUCUCCAGACUCUUGCCUGGCCAGGGGGUGGCACCGGUGUCUGGGAACAACCUAGGCGUGAAGCGCGCGGAGAUCAAGCCCGGGGUGCGGGAGAUCCACCUGUGCAAGGACGAGCGCGGCAAGACGGGGCUGCGGCUGCGGGCCAUCGACAAGGGGCUCUUCGUGCAGCUGGUCCAGGCCAACACCCCCGCCUCCCUCGUGGGGCUGCGCUUCGGGGACCAGAUCCUGCAGGUGGAUGGGCGGGACUGCGCUGGGUGGAGCGCAGAAAAGGCCCACCGCGCGCUGAAGAAGGCCUCGCCGGAGAAGAUCGUCAUGGUCAUCAGGGACAGACCGUUCCAGCGGACGGUUACCAUGCACAAGGACAGCUUGGGCCACGUGGGCUUCUUCAUCAAGAAGGGGAAGGUGGUCUCUGUGGUCAAAGGGAGCUCUGCGGCCCGCAACGGGCUCCUCACCGACCACUAUGUGUGCGAGGUGAACGGGCAGAAUGUCGUCGGACUGAAGGACAAAGCCAUCAUGGAGAUUCUGGCCUCAGCGGGAAACGUCAUCACCCUGACCCUCAUUCCCACUGUGAUCUACGAGCACAUGGUCAAAAAGUUGUCCCCGACGCUUCUCCACCACACCAUGGACCACUCCAUCCCAGAUGUCUGAAGCGCAGGAGGGCAGCUCAGCCAUCCCACCCUCCUGCAGGAAAGAGAAGUGGCCUCUUGGAUGACAGGUUGCAGCUGGCUGCCUCCGGGGGUGGGGUCUUGAGAGGAGCAUGUUUCAGGUGGGUGGCACUGGAUGGCGUGAGUCUGUCACACAGGCACGGAGGUCUCUGGGAGUCUCCCUCCUAACCAGGCCGCGGCCCCAGCAGUACCCGAUGCAGCCCAUUCUCUGCACUUAUUUACAUGCUGGGCACGUGGACAGGCCAGCCAGACGCCUCUUAGAGUCGUAGCUGAGUCCUUGGAAGACUUUGCCUCUGCCAGGGAAACAGCCCCGCAGUUUGAGAGACAGAACCACAUUCUUUGUGAGAAUCUCGCCUUCGCCUUCCCUUGCUUUUUGCUGCAGACAGAUGGUCAGUUACGACCCUUGACUGUCUUUGGAAUAAAGAUUUGAUUGGAAACACAA